AUGCACCGAAGGUAUGAGAAAUUACGGAGAGAAAAAUGCACGAAAGAAUAUGGAACAGAGAUGAAGAUUCAAGAAGAACAAAAGAAGAGCGAGAAAGAUGAGGAAGAAAAGAAAUCGGCGCUGAGGGCGAAGAGUUUGAGGAAGAUGGUGAAGAAAGUUGUGCACACGCAGGUCACCUUCCAUGCCGUCGACAUACGCAGAAAGCGCGUGCUGUACCCGACCAACUCCAGGACUUGUCUCCAGAAGCUGCCUGUCGUGGGAGGGUCGCCCGUGACGCCAGAAAAGGCUAAGAUGCUCCGGCAGAAGGUGUUCGGCGCGGCCAGCCUAGUGGGCCCCGUGGAGACCGAUUGGCUCAACCAGUCCUUCUGCUUCCACCCCCACGACUCCCCCCUCGGCUACGGGCUCAAGGUGGCCAAGGGCAUCACGAAGGGCUUCAUCAUGUGCGUCCAAGGAUUCGUCCUCAAGAACCUCCUCUUCGGCAGACGCAGGCUGAGCGUCGGCGUCGAACCCAGGAACCUCCUCAAGACGACGGUACGAGCUCAGGAGGACGCGCUCGUCGAAGCCCUGGCCGACGUCCUGUGGCAGGCUGGUGGUCGAACGGGGGCUUUCCUGUGCCUCACGCAGGAGAACGUCUACCUGACUACUGACGAAGACUACCAGUGCGACGGCUGUACUGAGAGGCUUCACAUCUUUGAAUACAGCAAGCAAGAUGAGCUGAGAUUCAAUGUUAAAAAAUAUCUCUACGAGACCUGUCAACCAGUCAUAAGUCAUCACAGACCUGUCAACAGUCAUAAGUCAUCACAAAACCUGUCAAUCAGUCAUAAGUCAUCACAGACUGUCAACCAGUCAUCCCCAACCAGUGUCAUCACAGACCUGUCAACCGUCAUAAGUCAUCACAAACCUUUCAACCAGUCAUAA